AUGAAUUCAUAUUCUAUAAGUCUCUGUUUAUCCGAGAAGACUCAUAAAGUACUCAGGCAAUUCCCUCCCUAUUUCUUGAUAUAUAUCUAUCUCACUUUUUUUCUCUGUCUUUUUCUGUAUUUCUCUCUGUGUUUAUUUCUCUCUUUCUCUUUCUCUCUCUCUCUCUUUCUCUUUCUUUUUCUCUCUCUUUUUCUCUUAUUCUCUCUUUCUAUCUUUCUCUCUCCUUCUCUCUCUUUUUCUAUUUCCCUCUCUUUUUCACUCUUUCUUUCACUUUUCUAUUUUUCUCUCUCUUUCUCUCUCUCUCACACACACACACACAGACACACACACUCAUUCCCUAUUUUUCAAUCUUUAUCUUUCGUCUAUCACACUCUUUCUCUCUUCCAGGAAUUUUCUUUUGCCUUCUCUUUCCUUCACUUUAUUUCAGUUGUUCUCUGUCAUUCUCUCCUGCUCUUCUUUUUCUGUCUUUCCCAUCUGUCUCUCUCUCUCUCUCUCUCUCUCUCUCUCUCUCUCUCUCUCUCUCUCUCUCUCUCAAUAUAUAUAUAUAUAUAUAAAGACAUUUUUAUUCUAUUCACAUCCUAUCUAUCUAUCUAUCUAUCUAUCUAUCUAUCUAUCUAUCUAUUUAUCUAUCUAUUUCUGUGCAUGUCUAUCUACCGCAGUCUGUUCGUAUUUAUCUCCCGCUCUAUCUCGGUCUGUUCAUUAUCUAUCUAUAAAUAA